UGGACGUAUGGUGAUCGCGCGUGCGUGGAUUUCAGUGCGAGCCGAAUCGCGUAAUGAAUAAAUGAUAGAGACAUUGCUUUUUGAGUAGUGCUGUGUUGUGUGAAUGACUGACGUUUUAGAUGGCGUUUGAUAAAUAGACGUUGCUAUGACGAUGCUUGCUAUGGCUCGAGGUUCUGACGAGAGAAGAGAAGACGAUAUAGAGGCAGAAGGUGAAGCGAAUGGCGAGGUGGAUGUGGUUGGGGUCGAAGAGGCCGCACCGGUGGAUCUUACAAGACGUUUGGGGUUAACAAGGCCUCCCGAAAGGUCCGCAAUAGCUUUUUCUGUAGAAAAUAUAUUGGAUCCCACCAAGUUCACGGGUCGAUCUGAGGUUCCUUUGAGAUACGACGAGACUUAUUGGAGACCGCAUUAUGAUAGGGACGACAGUGAUUCUGUCAAAGACCACCUUCAGUCCGACAUCGAAGCCGACGAUGUCGAGACAGACGACCAGACAUCCACCAUGGAUGAUGACAUCCUCACCCAAUCGGACCUUGACGAGAACGGGGACCCGAAAAGUCCUAGCAGUUCCAAAAAAGGCAAAAGUUCCCGAGACUCAAAGGGUGGUACUAAACCAAGGCGUGCAAGAACAGCUUUUACCUAUGAGCAGCUGGUUUCUUUGGAGAAUAAAUUUAAGACUACAAGAUAUUUGUCGGUGUGCGAAAGGCUUAAUCUUGCUUUAAGCCUUAGUUUGACGGAAACACAGGUCAAAAUAUGGUUUCAAAACCGUCGCACAAAGUGGAAAAAGCAAAACCCUGGUAUGGACGUCAACAGUCCCACAGUUCCACCCCCGGCGGGAGGCUUCCCCUCAGGGCCCUAUCCAGGAGGCCUUCUCUACUCCCACGGCGUGCCCUACCCCUUCACAGGUCCGGGCCCCUACGCGCCAUACUUCCACCACCUGGCUGCGAACCACCACCACUCACACGGAUCCUUGGGUCAUUCCCACACGUGAUUAUGGCAGCGGCCAGGGUCCCAGGACCCGAGGGUCGAGAAGGAAAGCGAAUGUGGACUAUCAAAUUGAAGUCAAGGAAAUUAGAAAAAUGUGAAUAGACGUUAUACAGUUCUCGCCUUGGUAUGGUGAAUGUGACGCCUCAAUACUAUAAUACAUAGUAAAUGGGUCAUAAUUCAAAGUAUUUGUAGCUAACAGCCAGCUUGUAGGAUUUGUAUGGACAGCCUUAUUAUAUGUUUAUUUUGACUUAUUUCGGCAUAUGCUAUUCGUAAUUCUGUUUGUGAUUAUGUUUACUAGAUACCGUUAAGUUAAUGUGAUGACCUUGUAAGAAACCAAAAAUGUGAAUUUAAUUAAAGUGUUUAUUUAGUGCAAUUUAGUGUAAGUGAAUUAUGAAUCGGAUGUGAUAUGGUAACAUAAGAUUUCAUUUUGUAGUUUACGAUAAAAUAUCGAAUUUCAUAUGUAUGAUCCCGUUAAAUACAGCUGUAAAAAUUAUUUACCGUCCAUAUUGCAAGCAUUGUCAAUAAAAUAUUACUUUAAGCAAAAUACCUUUUUUAAGCUCAGUUUAAAUUAUGUCAUAAAAGCAAUGUUCUGAAUAUGUACAAUUAGCUUUCUUCGGAUAUAAUAAACGCAUCAUGUACGCAAGACAACGCUACAAUAAUAUUUUCGAUACUUGCUAAUCUAUAUAUAUAUGCCCAUCGCUCUAUAACCUUUUCGGUCUGGACUUCAAAGUUCUGUAUCUGUUCUGUGAUCAUUUCUGAUAGGCAAGUAGGUAAUCAAACUUCUGUACCUAGCCAGUCCAAUUUUUGGGUCUAAUCCCGUUUUAUUCACGAUAUAUCUUUCACCGUACGA